GUCGCCGAACAGCAAACGGAAACAGUUUCCCCGGUUUUGUUCCGUGCAAAGCGUUGUCGCGAAUUUAUCCAAACAAGGCGGUGGAAAGUUUCAAUAAACUGCGUAAAUCAAGCCGUUAAAACAAAUCGAGAGAUGGCCCUUGAAUCGCGUGUUACACAGGAAGAAAUUAAGAAGGAAUCCGAGAAGCCAAUCGAUAGAGAAAAGACUUGUCCCCUUCUCCUGCGGGUUUUCACCACCAACAAUGGCCGACACCACCGCCAAGAUGAAUUUGCCCGUGGCAAUGUUCCCUCCAGUGAACUGCAGAUAUACACAUGGAUGGACGCUACACUGCGGGAGCUGACCAGCCUCGUGAAGGAAGUGUAUCCAGAAGCCAGGAAAAAAGGAACCCAUUUCAGCUUUGCCAUCGUCUUCCCUGACCUCCGAGGGAAAGUGUAUCGCUUUAAAGAGAUUGGCAAUACGGUGUCUGGCAAGAAGUGUGCUGACGACUCCAUGACGCUGCAGUCUCAGCGCUUCCAGAUUGGAGACUAUCUUGACAUAGCCAUUACGCCUCCCAAUAGGGCCCAACCCCUUGGACCACGCAUGAGGCCUUUUUGAGCUAAUACAUUCUUGACAAAUACAAAAACCAACCCCCAUUGUUACCCUAAUUUUGUAAUUUUUUUUUUUUUUUAAAUCAUAAAUUGUUUUUUUCUCAUCUUGUACAAUAAGAUGUUCAGUAAACAUCUUUUGAUUGUUUUAUUUUGUUGUCAGUGUAUGUUAGUGAAGUUAUUGUAGCUGCCAUUGGCAUCCUCA